AUGAAUUUUCUUCCAGGUACAAAAGCGUCUCGUGAAUCUGAUCUAUUACUUGGAAAUGUAAACAAUAAAAGAGACUAUAUUAUCCUUACAGCAUGGACAUGUGGCUACACAAGAAGAUGGCGUCGGAGUUUAAGAAACAUAACUCUGGUUUUGAUGUACAUUUUAUCCAACCUCACUGGGAAUGUGACUUUUCCGUUAUUAUCGAAAAGAUUCAAGGCGAUAGGAUCUGACAGCUUCGUGUUUAUAUUUUAUACAGUUGUUAUAGCUAGUAUCUUAAUAUUUAUAUUAGUCAUUUUUUCAAAGCGUUUCGUCGAUAAGACAAUAUCCUUAACUUUGGCAUCAAGUGCUAAAAUGGUACUAGCUAAUGCUCUGGCCAGUGUGUUCAGCUUUAUUCUAAUUGUGUAUGCCAGUCCUCCUUCCAGAACCCCUCCGUACUUACAGAGUAUCUUAUUCGUGACUGUAAUACCACUAACUGUUGUCUGUCGCGUAUUUCUUCUUCGAAAAGGUGUUUCAUUUGGUAGAGGAAUUUGCUGUUGUGUAGUUGUGGUUGGUUUAUUCAUUUCAUCUGAGCCACAGAUCUGGGGACUAAAUACACAACAAAAGGGAUUCAACACUUCAGGAUCCCCCACGGAGAGAAUCUCGUGGCCGCUGUGUUACACACUUGGUUUAUUCCCCUUUGUCCUGGUCAACGUGACGUGCGAAAAAGAGUUGGUCAAAAAGAAUAGUGAUGCACUGAAUUUUAUCAUGUGGUCUCAGUCUGCUCAAAUUAUUAUGAUGACAACAUUACUCUGGACGGAUUUUAUACCCGGAUUUGGAAUGACAAGCAACGUAUCAGAAUUCAAAGAACAUGCGAAACAAGGCAUAAUCUGUUUGUAUUCCGUACAUGUAAACUGCAGAUCCACUCUGGUGAGGUCAUGGAUUUUCAUUUCGGCCUUUACAAUUGGAACCAUAUCGCAGUAUCUCCUUAUUCAAAGUUCCGAUGGAGCAAUAUUUGUAGCUAUUGUUCAAGCGGUAGCGAGUCCAUUAGCGACUUUGUUUUGGACACUCUUUGAUUAUAAUGAAGCUGAAGAUAGCAUUCGAUGGAAUCCAGUUUUUAAUGAAAUGACAGCAUUUUGUCUUUGUGGACUAGCCCUAAUGUUCCCGGGUGUGAUUUUGUAUAAGAACUUCACUUCUCAGGAGGAAAAAUCUGAACAGGAGAAUUUAUUAGACAUGUUGAAAUGAACAAAGUAAAUGCAUUUUACGAUAAACAUAGCAUUUUAACAUGGCAUUUGAUUUGAUUCAUGUGUUAUGAGAAAGUAAAUGUUCGUCUUUGAAAAUUUAUUGUCUUGAGUCCAGAGUUCAGUCAAAUUUUAAAUUUUGAAUAUCUUGAGUUUUUAUUUAACAAACAUGUUUAAGAAAGUUGCAAGUUUGUAUGAAACUUGGUAUUCGAAUACAAAUACAAUAUGAUGAUUUUAAAAAUUACUUUUUACAUGUGUACAUCUAUAUACUAAUUUGAGAUUUUUACUUAAGUCUGUGUACAGUUUAUGGUCUUGAGACCAGAAUGCCUUAACAAACAUAAUCCCUUAUGUCAAUAAAUGCAGAGGCUUUUCAUAUUAAGAUUUCAAAAAAAUGAAAACAGUAAUUUUUAUUACAAAAAUUAUAUCAGUUAUAUAAUGCUCUUCAUGUAAAGAAAUUCACCAAUAUAUAAAAGGUAUAUCAAUGUUUUUACCUGUACAUAUGGUGCUGGGUUUUGGGGUUCUUUUCUGAUGAUGCAGUUCUUUCUUAAAUGGUCUCAAAUAUAAUGAAUUUCAAAAAUAAAAUGUAUAAAUUCCA